UCGUCAUUCCUUCGUCCUUCGAAUAUUUUUCGAUGACGUUAUACAUUUCUUACGAAUGCUUUUGGUUUCUCUUUUAUUUCAAUAUUCAGGAUGUAAUUAUUAUUUUAGAUAAUUAUUCGAUUCUACGCAAAUGACCUAAAUUCUUUUCGUUACUCAAGACCACGCGAUUAGAUCGAUGAAAUUUUUGUUGUAUGUUACGUGUUGAAUCGAUACUAACCUUCUUAUACGAUUAAUAUCUAUUUAAUAUUUUAAUCGGAAAUUAUAUGUAACAUUUAUAAUACAUUAUUUUCAAUUACGCAUUAUAUCUUUGAAAAACAUGCAUGUUUUAUUUCUACAUAAUUGUCAAUGGAUCCUCUUAGAAUAUGUUCGCGUUUAAUCGAAAUAAAUGAUUUUUUCUAAUUUUUAUAAAAAAUAUGGAUAUUAAUUUUAUCGGGAUAACGAAUUAUAAAAUUAUAAACACGGAUUUAUCAAUCGUUUCAAAGGAGCACCAAAUUUAGUUAAUAUUAUAAUGUAUGUAUGUUUUCCAAAAAAAGUCACGUGUGUAAUAAAGUAAAAGAAAUAAUACUUUGAAAAUGUCACGGUGGUGUAACUUGAAAUUAUAUCUCACCAUGAGGAGUCCUAAACAUACGGAAAUAAUAUUAAGUUAUUUGAAGCUUGGAAAGGAUGGUAGAAUCAGGGAUACAUUCUGUCAAUAUAGUAGAGGUUAUGGACAGUGUUGUUAUAUUAUAAAGAAACAGGCUUAUCCAUUAUGUAAAUUGAUAGAUGCAUUAUAUACAAAGUGUAAUCCAUUAGUUUUUAAGUAUAUAACUAGCCCACUCAGAAUAGGAAAGAGUGAUACGAAUCAAAGCCGUUAUAAAAAUCUAGGAUUAAUAUUAGGAGGUAUUGGCCUUGUCACAGCUUUGUGUGAUUCUCCUGAUUUUACUAGAGAAAAGCGUUUCUUUCGUGCAGCACAAUAUGGCAAUAUACCGGAACUUAAAAAAGCAUUAUCAGAUGGUAUCGAUGUGAAUGAGAGACAUCCAUUGGGUUGGACUGCUUUACAAGCAGCAGCAAUAAAUGGAAAGGGAGAUGCAGUUAAAUUUUUGAUAGAAAAGGGUGCUGACUUAAAUGCAGGAGACAAUUUUAUUAAUGUUUAUAAAACUGCUACGCAAAAAAGUUUACAUAUAAGAGAAGUAUUUGAGAGAAGAUCAGAUGAAUUCUUUGAUGGAUUGAACAGUAAAGCUACAUUUCAUGGUUUCACAGCAUUACAUUAUGCUGUUCUAGCUAAUUCUAAAAGUUGUGUAAAGGCAUUAUUAGAUGCAGGAGCAAAUCCUACUGUUGAAAAUGAUGCAGGACAUCGACCAGUAGAAUACACAAAGGAAGGAGAAAUUAAAGAAAUGCUUAUCAAAUAUGCUGUAAUGUUUGAUGAAAUUUUGAAAGAAAAAGAAGCAGAAGAACGACGUAGAUUUCCAUUGGAACAACGUCUUAAGCAGCACAUUGUUGGACAGGAAGGACCAAUUUCUAUUGUUGCAUCUACUAUUAGGAGAAAAGAGAAUGGUUGGAUAGAUGAAGAACAUCCAUUGGUAUUCUUAUUUCUUGGUUCAUCUGGAAUUGGAAAAACUGAGUUGGCUAAACAAUUAGCAGCAUACAUUCAUAAAAAUAAAUCAGGUGGCUUUAUUCGCUUAGAUAUGUCUGAGUAUCAAGAGAAACACGAAGUUGCUAAAUUAAUUGGUGCACCACCAGGAUAUGUAGGGCAUGAAAGUGGUGGUCAAUUAACAAAGUUAUUAAAAAAAUGUCCUAAUGCUGUUGUAUUAUUUGAUGAAGUUGAUAAAGCACAUCCCGAUGUCUUAACAGUACUAUUACAACUAUUUGAUGAGGGAAGAUUAACCGAUGGUAAAGGAAAAACGAUUGAAUGUAAGAAUGCUAUAUUUAUAAUGACAUCAAAUUUAGCAAACGAAGAGAUCGCAGAAUAUGCCAUUCAGCUUCGCGAAGAAGCAAACCGUUUAUUAUCUCAAAGACUCGAUAAAAAUUCGAACGAAGAUCAAGAACCAGAACAUAUUGAAAUAUCACGUAAUUUUAAAGAUCAAGUGGUACGACCGAUAUUGAAAGCGUAUUUUCGAAGAGACGAAUUUUUGGGUAGAAUAAAUGAAAUUGUUUAUUUCUUACCAUUUUCUAGAGCAGAAUUAUUAAAAUUAGUAGCUCGAGAAUUAGAGGCAUGGGCUGUACGUGCACGUGAAAGGCAUAUGAUAGAAUUAAAAUGGGAGAGAGAUGUUUUAUCAGUAUUAGCUGAUGGAUAUGAUUCUCAUUAUGGUGCACGUUCGAUUAAAUAUGAAGUUGAAAGACGUGUAGUCAAUCAAUUGGCCGCUGCUCAUGAACGAGGACAAAUUGCAAAAGGAUGUUGUGUGUUACUUAAAGCAAAGUGGCAUGAAAAUGGAGCAAGUAUAUGCCUUUCCGUUCGGUCAAAAGGAGUAAAAGAUUUUGUGGAGAUCGCCGAAACCGAUAAUUUAGUUAAAAAUGUAAAUUCUUUGAUCUAAUUUGGAAUUAUUUCAGAUUAUUUAAAAAAUAUAGAUAGACCAUAAUAUAAUGAUACAAUUGACUUAAUAAUAUGUGAUAAAAAUGAGAUGAGAUUUUUUUUCAUUGCACUGUAACUAGUCAUACAAUUUCGAGCUAAGAUAAAACUGUAUAUGUAUAUAUAUUUAAUUUCAAAGAUUUUUCUCUACAACGUUCUUUUCGUGCUUUUUAACGCCGUCACUUUUGACAGAUAUAAUAAAUGUUUCAUUAGUUUAGGUAGAACAUAAUAUAU